CUCUGUUUGGUCUCUCCGCCUAGAGAGCGAGCGGCUAGCUCGGGGCUAGGCGGGAUCCGGGGCCCUCUGGAGGCAGGUGGGUGGGAGUCAUGGAGAACCGGCCCCCCAGCCAGCCCUGGGCACCUUUCUCCUGCCCGGGUUUGAAGAAGCCACCUGAGGUGGUCCUCCAGCUGAAGGUGGUGGGGCUGUUCAAGGAGGUCCCAUUUCAGAUAGCGAAGUGCACAGCAGAGUGUCUGAAGCAUUCUCAUCCAGACAAUUUUAAAGACCCUAUAAUAGUUCCUCUUCAUGAAUUUGCAUGGCAAGAAUUUCUACGAGAGAAAAAAAGGGAACUCAAGGGUGAAACAUGGAGAUACCCUUCUACAGUGAUGUGUUUUAUUAAUGAUCAGCUGAUGGGCAAUGAAGGUUGUCUGCAGAAAUGGGCUCAUAAGAGAUGGGGUCUUAAGGAUUUUAAGCCCAUAGCACUUUAUCAAGCUCUUACUUCAGAUUAUGUGGCUGAUUACUUGAGAAAUUCCAAGCAUCCAUUGGUCUUUUUUGAAGUUACAGUAAAUAAACGGAUUAUUGGAAGAUUGGUAUUUGAGCUCUAUGCUGAUGUUUGCCCCAAAACUUGUGAGAAUUUCCGGACAUUAUGCACAGGGAAAGCAGGAUUUUCUCAAUCCGGUAUAAAAUUGCAUUAUAAAAAUACCAUUUUCCAUAGAUUGGUCAAAAAUGGUUGGUUACAAGGCGGAGAUAUCUAUAUGGGAAAAGGAGAUGGUGGUGAGUCAAUUUAUGGACCAACAUUUGAAGAUGAAAACUUUAUAGUGCCACAUGAUAAAAGAGGAGUUCUUGGUAUGGCCAACAAAGGACGACACACCAAUGGGUCACAAUUCUAUAUCACACUACAGAAAGCUCCUUAUCUAGAUCGAAAAUAUGUGGCUUUUGGGCAACUGAUUGAAGGAACAAGAGUUCUUCAGAUACUAGAAGUAGCAGAUACAGCAAAUGAAAGACCAAUCUAUGCUUGUAGAAUUACCGAUUGUGGUAAUUAUCGCUGAUAACAUAGACUGACACUUCUUCCUCUAGCUUACGUAUUAUUCUUUUCUAGAUUUCAGUAAAUGAUUUUUGAAAAAUAAAAUAAAACUGAGAAUCUAAUUUA